AAAGCAGAGCACAACAUAAAACACUUCAAAGUUCGAAAGAGCGAAACAGAGGCAUAUUAAUAUGGAUACGAUCAAGUCAUUUAAGGGGUACGGCAAAGUAGAUGAGGUGGAGCAGCGAGCCUUUCAGAAGAAGACACGUAAGCGCAUUAUAAUAAUCGUAGUCUCCUCCAUCGUCCUAAUAGCGGUGAUCAUCGCCGCGGUUGCAGGGAUCGUGAUACACAAGCGCAACACCUCGUCAUCACCAUCCUCCGACUCGCUCCCCCAAACUGAGUUAACCCCAGCCGCGUCUCUCAAAGCGGUUUGCAGCGUGACUCAGUACCCUAACUCGUGUCUCGCCGCCAUCUCCUCCCUCCCAAACUCCAACACCACCGACCCGGAGCUUCUCUUCAAGCUCUCGCUACGCGUCGCCAUUGACGAACUCUCGAAGCUUUCUACCUUCUCUUCCAAGCUUCGCGCCAAUGCCGGCAACGACACGCGCCUCCAGAAAGCAAUCGAUGUUUGCGCCGCCGUACUCGACGACUCGCUCGACCGACUCAACGACUCGAUCUCCUCUCUCGGAGUCGCUGGCUCCAGGAAGAUGAUUUCUCCGGCGAACACUAACGACGUCGAGACCUGGCUCAGCGCCGCCAUCACGGAUCAGGACACAUGCCUGGACGCUCUCGGAGAGCUUAACUCCACCGCCGCUCGCGGCGUGCUCCGGGAACUCGGAACCGCAAUGAAGAACUCCACGGAGUUCUCGAGUAACAGCUUGGCCAUCGUGACGAGGAUCCUAGGGUUGCUGUCGAAGUUCGAAGCGCCGAUCCACCACCGGAGGUUGCUAGGGUUCCCGGAGUGGUUGGGCGCAGCGGAGCGGAAGCUGCUGGAGGCGAAGAGUAACGAAACGAAGCCGGAUGCGGUGGUGGCGAAGGACGGUACCGGACAGUACACGACGAUUGCGGAGGCGCUGAAGUUGGUGAAGAGGAAGAGCGAGAAGAGAUUCGUGGUUUACGUGAAGGAAGGGCGUUACGAGGAGAACAUCGAUUUGGAUAAGCAUACGUGGAAUGUGAUGAUCUACGGUGACGGAAAGACCAAAACCGUCGUCUACGGUGGGCGGAACUUCAUGGACGGCACUCCCACUUUCGAAACUGCCACUUUCGCUGUUAAAGGCAAGGGAUUCAUUGCCAAAAACAUAGGAUUUGUGAACACUGCAGGUGCAUCUAAGCACCAGGCUGUGGCAUUGAGAUCUGGCUCAGAUCGCUCUGUGUUCUACAGAUGCUCAUUUGAUGGCUUCCAGGAUACCCUCUAUGCCCAUUCAAACCGCCAGUUCUACCGUGAGUGUGACAUUACAGGCACCAUAGACUUCAUAUUUGGCAAUGCAGCUGUUGUGUUCCAAAGUUGCAAAAUAAUGCCUAGGCAACCUCUAUCAAACCAGUUUAACACCAUCACAGCUCAGGGCAAAAAGGACCCCAAUCAGAACACUGGAAUUAUAAUCCAGAAAUCAACCAUCACUCCCUUAGAUAAGGACAAUCUCACAGCUCCCACAUACCUUGGUAGACCAUGGAAAGAUUACUCCACCACUGUUAUCAUGCAAUCUGAUAUUGGGUCAUUCUUGAAACCAUCUGGGUGGAUGAGUUGGGUCUCCAAUGUGGAUCCUGCUAAUACCAUUUUCUAUGCUGAAUACCAGAAUACUGGGCCUGGAGCUGAUGUUUCUCAGAGGGUCAAAUGGGCUGGUUAUAAGCCCACUCUCACGGACAUUGAGGCUGGGAAGUUCACAGUGCAGUCCUUUAUCCAAGGGCCUGAGUGGUUGCCAGAUACUACUGUGGAAUUUGACUCUACCUUGUGAUUUUAAUAUGGGCCAGAGAAAAAUAUAGCGUCGAGUCAUCAACUGCUGAUAAUAUUUUUCUUGUCUUAAUCACACCCUUGUAACUUGUAUUACACACUACACGCAUUUUUUGACCUCUUUUUCAAUGGUUUGUAAAAUUCUUCUAGUUAUUACGGCUUGGAAAAUUAUUUCAAAUGCCAAAUUUUUUUAAAAAAAUUAGCAUAUUGACUCCAGGGGAAGCUACUAUUU